AUGCACAGAACUUACUCGUUAAGAAAUUCCAGGGCACCUACCGCCUCUCAACUACAGAAUCCACCACCACCACCAUCUACUACCAAAGGUAGAUUUUUUGGGAAGGGCGGUCUAGCAUAUAGUUUCAGAAGGAGCGCCGCGGGUGCCUUUGGUCCGGAAUUAUCCAGAAAGUUGUCUCAAUUGGUUAAGAUUGAAAAGAAUGUUUUGAGGUCCAUGGAAUUGACUGCGAACGAAAGACGUGACGCCGCUAAGCAAUUGUCUAUUUGGGGGCUGGAAAACGAUGACGAUGUUUCGGACAUUACAGAUAAAUUGGGUGUUUUGAUCUAUGAAGUUAGUGAAUUAGAUGACCAGUUUAUCGACCGUUAUGACCAAUAUAGGCUGACUUUAAAGUCGAUCAGAGAUAUCGAAGGCUCUGUACAACCAUCUAGAGACCGUAAAGACAAGAUCACUGACAAGAUUGCCUACUUGAAAUACAAGGACCCCCAAUCUCCUAAGAUAGAGGUCUUGGAACAGGAAUUGGUGCGUGCAGAGGCUGAAUCUCUAGUUGCUGAAGCUCAAUUGUCUAAUAUCACGAGAUCUAAAUUAAGAGCGGCUUUCAACUAUCAGUUUGACUCUAUCAUCGAACAUUCAGAGAAAAUCGCCUUAAUCGCUGGUUACGGUAAAGCUCUCUUAGAACUUUUGGAUGAUUCUCCCGUCACCCCAGGUGAAACGAGACCUGCAUACGAUGGAUAUGAGGCUUCCAAGCAAAUCAUUAUUGAUGCUGAAAGCGCAUUGAAUGAAUGGACGUUAGACUCCGCGCAAGUCAAGCCUACUCUAAGUUUCAAGCAGGAUUACGAAGACUUCGAGCCUGAAGAAGAGGAGGAGGAAGAUGGUCAAGACAGAUGGUCUGAGGAUGAACAAGAGGAUGGGCAAAUUGAAGAGCCCGAACAAGAGGAGGAAGUUGUGGAAGAAGACGAACAAACUGGACACCAACCGGAUGAAUCUCUUCCUCAGCAGACCGCUGCCUAA